CCAGUCGAACUGCGCCUGUGAUUCCGAAGCUGCGCAAGGUGGGCCCCGCAGGCACCGAGGCUGGAGCGGGAGCGGUGCCUUCCUCCCUGGCAGCCGCUCCUGCCAGUGCCGCUCCCCGUCCCUCGGGCUCGGCCGCGGGCCCGCCCAGCUGGGGCGCCGGGGGCCGGGCCAUCCAAGUGCCCUCAGGGCGGGCCGAAGGUUCGGGGGUCCCGGGGAGCGCGGGGCGGAGUCCGAGCCCUGCCCUUGGGCCCCGGCUUCCCACAGCCGCCGCGGCUCCUCCUUGUCCCACUGGAAGUGUGAGGAGAACUCGCCGCCCCUCAGGGUAAUGGCUGCUGCUUCUGAGGCUGCAAACUCUGACGGGAAACAGCUUCCUAACAAGAAAGGAACUAUGAUCUGGGAAUCCAGAAAAGAAUGUUUGCUGCAGAAUAUUCCACCUGUUCUUCAUGGCAAGUCUGAAGAAAGUCCAUCUGCUUCUACUUCUUGCCAUGAAGGUGAUGUCAGUGGCUCUACUGACGAGGGCUGGUGCAAUAUAUACGCUGGCCUGGAUGUGUGGAAUAGUGAAGUUUCCAAUAUACCUGAGUCUUCAGGGCAGCAAGAUGCAUCUCCCCAUGAGGUGGAAGACUGGGAUAAAGAAUUGGAGGAGGCUGAUUGCAGUCCUUAUGAUGCUGAUGAUUUCUCCUGUGGAAGUUUUGAGGAAAGUAAUCUUUUUGGCUCAUUUGAAUGGAAGAAGGAUUGGUUCUACAACCCAGGCUGUCACCACACACCUCGCUUUGUUUUUCCACCAAGAGUUAGAACAGUUGAGAAGGGCCAGUUUGAUGAUGCUGAUGAAUGAGGUUGAGCCUGGUCAGAAAUAAGUUUGGCUUGGUUUGUUAUUCAGCGAUUGACCUGUGUUAAGUCCCUUAGUUUGUUUGCAGAGUUGGGCCUGAGACCAGAAAUGCGACACCGUCUUCAGAGUUUGGUUACUCUGUUUCUGAGCUGUCCAUAAAUUGUCCACCCUUGCCCUGGAGACAAGAGUGGUGGUGGUGGGUGUAACGAGUCAGUGCAUUUCUGGAGGUUUUGUUUGUAUUAUAUAGAUCUGUAUUGCUAAUUAAUUGCUUGAGGAGAAAUAUUUAAUUUCUAAACUGCAGUUUGUUUGCCAGGCUUAUGUCAGUUUUGACAUGCUGAUCCCUGUGUUUUUGUGUAACUUCUAGUUUUCUUUCAUUUUCAUUUAAUGCUGUCAGAUUGGUUUGGAUAGCUUUAAAAACUCUCCCUCCUUCAAGCUUGUCUGUUUUAUUUCCAUAUGGUUCUAAUGUCCAUUUGUGAUUCUUGUACUGGUGUUUAACAAAAUCAGCUGUGGCAAGUACAGAACAAGUUGUUUUGUGUUUAUUUUUAUGUAUUUUAGAAUAAGGGAAUUACAAAUACAUGAUACACAUGUUGAUAUAUAGAAAGGCCUGCUCCAUCCAGUAGGAAUGCUGGGUGCUUAAGGCUGCCUCCCAACAAAGAUUUCUCCACAUCAGACCUUGUGUAUGGGCAUAUUACCCUAGAGUCUCACAGCUGUCUUUAUUACAUUCUCAUGCAACAUCAGAUGUGCAAUGACAAAGAAAAUACCUCAGCUUAUAUAUAUAUAUUGCAGCAUAUAAUCUCCGUGUCCUGCAGACAGUAGUGAAUGAAUUAAGGUUCCUGAUGCUGUUCUGCUGUUUGUGUUGUGGCAAAUGAGAUGGGAACACAAAACACCUCCACAGAGUCCUUAAGGGAAGAGGUGGAACUAGAACCAUAUCUUUGUACCUUUGCUCUGGAGUUAGUGUUUUCAAAUGAAGUAUGUAAGUGGAUUGAGUGGCUGGUCACCUGGGUAACAAUAACCUUCAACAUGCUCAUGUUUCAUUAAUCACUUUUAUGUCAAAAACAUUUUCAUGGCGUUGUGUUUAGACACUGACUGAACUGGAGCGCACAGUACAACGUGGUGGGGGGGGGUGAUUUAUUUUCUUUCUCUCUUUUUUUUUAAAUCAUCUAGUAUAUGAGACCAAAAUAAUUCAUGCACUAGUUUAGAAGGAAGAACUGAAUGACACAGUGAUAUUUCCUUAAUAUUUUCCUAGAGAGCACAGGACCCCAAGAGCUUUUCUAUGGGUACCUUUCAAUUCCUGGCUAUGUUUUGGUACCUAGCAGUCAAAGCAGAGUGGAAGCAUAGUGUUGAGAUUGCAAUAAAAGAGAGCCAGGUCUUUUAUUCCCAUAUGAUGGAGUGAUCUAGGGAUUAACAUUUCCAUCAAAACGUCUUCAGUUAUGCCAAUAACGACCUCAUCAUCUCAGCUGAAAAGGUUGAUUUGCCAUUAUUAAUGCAGUAUUCAUAAAGAUAAAUUGAGUGCAGAUUACUGUUGAAGUAACAGUAUGCCAGUAAUUGUAAAAAUUCCUCUGAAAACGCCUCAGUUCUUUAGUGAGCCUGUUAUCCUGUACAGGCCUGGCUGUGGAUGACAAGGCCAAGGCUUCCCUGCAGAGGGCAGCAGAAAAUUGUCUGCCCUGCUCGGCGUGUGCUCAGCAGUGUGAGCUCCCCGGGCUGGAUUUCUAACCCUGAUAGCAAUUUAGAUCAGAGUUCUGCAUAGCCCUGUUGUUCCCCAGUGAGGCUGAUUCAUGGCCCUGAUUAGUUUCUCAUUUUUUUUUAAUUUCACUCUGAAGUUAUACUUACUGGACUGAAAAAUUUCUCCCAUGGCUGAGUGAAGAACAUCACUUGACUUCAGGCUUAAUAUAUUUUAUUUUUUUUUUACUGUGCUUGUGGGAGAUAUCCCACCAUAUUCAAUAAAGAUGAAAUG